CGCCGCCCCCGCCGCGCCAGAGCGAGGCUGGGCGUGCGGCGUCACGGCGACGGCCACAAGCCGCGCCCCGGCAUAGGCAGCGAGAGGGAGAGCGGAGCACAGCGGGCUCGGCCGGCGAGGCGGCGGUCGGCGGGGAGCGGAGGCGCUGUCCGGUAUUGAGGACGAUUUAUCUCUUGCAUCAUGCGUGAAUACAAGCUAGUGGUUCUUGGUUCUGGAGGUGUUGGAAAGUCUGCUCUGACUGUACAGUUUGUUCAAGGAAUAUUUGUUGAAAAAUACGAUCCUACGAUAGAAGACUCCUACAGAAAGCAAGUUGAAGUAGAUGCACAACAGUGUAUGCUUGAAAUCUUAGAUACUGCAGGAACGGAACAGUUUACAGCAAUGAGAGACCUAUACAUGAAAAAUGGACAAGGUUUUGCAUUAGUAUAUUCCAUCACAGCACAAUCCACGUUUAAUGAUUUACAGGAUCUAAGAGAACAGAUUCUUCGAGUCAAAGACACUGAUGAUGUGCCUAUGAUUCUGGUUGGCAAUAAGUGUGACUUGGAAGAUGAAAGAGUUGUGGGAAAGGAACAAGGACAGAACCUAGCAAGGCAAUGGAAUAACUGUGCAUUCUUAGAGUCUUCUGCAAAAUCAAAGAUAAAUGUUAAUGAGAUCUUUUAUGACCUUGUGCGGCAAAUUAACAGAAAAACUCCAGUGCCUGGAAAAGCACGCAAAAAGUCAUCAUGUCAGCUACUUUAAUACAUAGCUGUACUGUAGCUCUGAGCCAGGUCUGAAGAACUGUUGCCCAAUUCAACAGUGCCAGCAUUCCAACUUUAUUAAACCUACCAACAUCUUAAAUGGACUUUCCUGUGGUGGUACCCUUUAAGAAAUGGAUGAAAGCUACUACAUCAGUUUGCACAUUCUAAUCACUUUCCAGUGUCAUGAGAGAUUUUUACUUAUAAAUAUUCUAAGUGUAUGCAACUGGUAAAACCAGAGCCUACAUCCAGUAUUACUGAUAAGAGACAUUGUUCAUCCACCAAUGUUGUACAUGUAUGAAAACUGUGUACUGUAUACUUCAACAAUCCCCACUUUCUAUUGGAGAGUACAAUAAUGUAAAUCCUAAAAGCACCACUAUUUUAGCAUAAUAAAAGAAAGUCCAAAGAGCUCCUAUAUAGACUACUCCAGAUAACUUUGCUUCAUCGGUAUUUGUAGCUUAUUGUAACUUUUUUAAAGAAAUACAGGAUCAUCAUCAUCGUAUUGUACAAAAGCGCUUUGAUUAACACAACAGCUAUAUAGUUUUUUAAUUUUAGGAAAAACCUGUGGAGACAGUGAUCUAGUCUUUAAGAGUCCUUUCAGUAUAACGUCUGACUAAAGACAUGGCCUUUAAUAUCUGUUGGGAAGGAAAUGUCCAGACUUUUCAACCUUUUAUUGUAUGUUUCCUUUUCCUUGUUUACAUAGGGAACAAUGUUUAUAGUUGUGUGUACAGUGGGGGUCUACAACAAGAAGUGUAUAUUUUAAAACUUUUUUAAUGAUUUAACAAUUUUUUGUAAAUCAUUUCUGGGCUUCUGCAGCUGUAGAUUCUCACUGUGAAUUCCCUUGCUUGCUCAUGCAUAAGUGUAUUUGCAAUACCAAAUAUACAGGUUUAGUACUUUUGCCUGUUAGUGAUUGUUUUACAUGUGUAACGUUUUGGUUGAGAUGUUAAAUGGUGGAAGAGUACUGUGGAUGUGAAUGUGGGAAGUAAUUUUAAUCAUGUGUAAUUGGUCACAGGGCCUAAGUUGCAGUAAUUAACUUUUGCUGAUUUAUUUAACAAUGCCUUGUUGCUUUGUAUGCAUUAACGUUUGGGUGUAAAGAUUGUGUGUAUAUCCAACAGGGAGCCACAGUAUUUAAAUUGACCAACCUAAUGUUACAACUGCUUUGAGGUGGCCAAAUGUAAACUAAAAGCCUUAAUUAAAGUGGUGCAAUUUUGUAUGACUUAGCAUCAGUAGUUCAAUAAAUUUGGAUUGCCAUGCAAGGGCUUGCAUUACAGUUAUAUACUACUUGAAUGUUUUGUGUUUUAGUAGUGCUAGUAGAUACUGAUUUUUAAAUCUCUUGCAAAGUGCAGAUUCAUACAUUUUAGGAUGAAAAGGAGCCACUAUGGCUUUGUCUUCUGACAAAUACAUGCCAUAUAUACUUCUUUCAACAGCAUCUCAUGUGCUAGGGUGGAUGAAUUUCUGACUGAAUGAAAUUCCACUUACAGUAUUGGACUUGAAAUAUUCCAAAUUCUAACAUGACAGAGAAACAUAACAAAAUACCUGUCUUCAAAGGUUAGACUUUAUAAGUGGCUGUUUUGGGAACUUGGAAAUAGGUUGCCUGCUAAAUUAAAAUUUACUUGGUGUGGCUUAAAAAAAAUAACUAUUGGGAGAAAAUACGAUUCUUCUGCAUGAUUAAACUGUAUUUUUGUUUGAUUUCAAGGAGAUCUGCCGAAGAACAUUCUUGCAGUAUUGAGUCUUGCAGGCUUUAAAUAUCUCUUAACACUGUUGGACUGUGAAGUGGAAUGCAUGGACUGUGGAUGACUUCCUGAAUUUGGCUGUGUGGCUGAAAUUUAAUGUCACACCCAAAUACUUGGUACCUCUUGUUUUUCUGGCACAGAAUUAUUAGGGCUUGUUCUAAUCCAUUCCUGCAAAUUCAGUGAGAUUAGGUUAGCUAAUACUGGUAAGCUUUGAGAUAGUUUGUUGCCCGAAGUUAAUUAAGUAGCCUAGCUGAUCCUUCCUGCUGAUAAUUUUACCAGUCAUCACCAUUGUUUAAUGGAGGUAAAACACUCUUUCACUGUACAGAAUCAGAGUUAAGACUGAAAUUCCUUUUCAUUUAUCAUUAGAAACAGAACAUGUGGUUAAUGAUCCCCGUAAAUAUCUUGUUUUGGUACUCUGUGCAUCCUGAUUGGUCCCCAGAGUAGAUGAGACUGGAGCACUAGAUGCUCUAGUUCUUUUUUUCACUAGGUACCUUCCUCCUUGAUGAGCUAAUCAGUAUUUUUCCUCCCUUCAUUUUCAACCCCUGCUUAUUCAGGUCUUGUAACACUUCUGUGUCCCAGUUGUCCUUUUAUCAGUCUUCUUUUUAAUGUGGUUCUUUUUCAGGGAGCUGUACAGGUGGCAUUGGGAGGGAGAGAGAGUAAAUUAUUUGAUAACAUCAGAGAGGAGUCCAUGGUCUAGUCUUGGUGUCCAGCCAAAGAGUACCAGUUAGAGGGAGCAUCACGCUUUGCCUCGAAAGCUCUGUACUAAAAUAUUCUUGCUCUAUGGAAUAGUGAAUGUACAGUUUCUCGGCAUUAGAGGUAGUAAUUCUGAUGAAACCCCAGAGAAGCAGAAUUUUCAGAAAUUUGAGUCUUUGCCAUCUAAAGAUUGUGCUAAAAAAGUGAAAUGCACCCCCCACACACACUCCCCUAUAUUUAGAACUUAGUUCAGAUUUGUAAAGCCAACACAUCAUAACCCAGGUAAUACCUAAACCCUGGUAUUUUUCUCCUUGAAGACUUAGGCAGGCUUCAAGGGAGCAGUGUCCUGCUUGUUAAAGGGAAGAUGCAUGACAAAAUGAUGUGGAGGAAGUGACGGACAUGAAGUGUAAUGAAAAAACACAUGAAAGAAUUUUCUUCAUAUCUAAGUAACUACGGCAUAAGAAGCUGUUCCCGCUGAGGAAGCGAACAUCCAGUUCCCCACAGGAAUUAGAACUAUGUAAGCAGUUAACCAAAUCUAGAAAAGAAUCCUGGCUGCUGAGAUUUUUUUUGAACAAACUUUCACGUAUCUUCAGGAUAACUGCUUUGUGUACCAACGCUCAAGAAGUUCACGCUUGAACUGCUUGUAAAGAAACAGAGCACUUCCCAUACAGCUGUGGAUGAAAACAUGCAUAAUUCAUAUUCUGAGAACUAAUGCAGUCAUUUUCUGAAUUUGGUGUUAAUACUGCUUGUAACGUUAGCUUAUGCUUACAGUAUACACAAAGGUGGAGACUGCUUUAUUUCCACCCUAAUCUGAAAUUGGUAUAUGUCAGUAUUUAAGUGUCUGACUUUUCUAUGGAAAAAGUAAUGUUUAUGUCCUGAAAUACAGGAGUAUUAUUUCAUGCAAUUGCUCUCUUUAUAAUAGGACUCUUUUCUUGCAGUAUAAUUUUUUCCUAUACCUUGUUUCUAAUGCCCAUCUGCAUUCUCCCAGUUACUCUGUGAAAUGAAUGUCUGCUUGUCUAACUUACAGAAUGUUUUGAGACAUCGCAAGAUGUUUUCAGAUGGCUAAAGGAAUGAACUGUAAACUCAAACUACUGCUGCUCUCCUGCAUAUGAGAAUGGAACAUCUGGAAAAAUAUUGUAGAAUUAGAUCAUAAGUUUGUUUCAUAAUGGGUACUGAUAUUGUGAUGCUAGAAACAGGAGGUGGAAGGAGCUUGGAUUAAACUGUGUGGGUUUUUUUUCCUAUUCUGGUAUAAAUACAGUGGCAGUUUCCUCAUGGGUAAACAUUAAAGCUGAGGAUUUUCUUCUUUUAAAAUGAUCUAAAGAAACUAUGGAUUAAUCAGAUUUGAGGGCUUUUUUUUCCCCAGUGUUUUCUAACCUUUGCCAGUUUGGAUAAUAACUUAAAAGGUGAGAAAAUUUUGCCAUGAUACUGUACUAGUUCUAGAUAGACUUCAGUUUAGAUGUAUCAAUAGUACAAAGUUAUUUCUAGAUGUCAGUGGUCAACAAUAGUAGUCAGUAUACAGCUGUUGUAGCACUUUUUUAAUUGUAAUAUGUAGAUGCAGCCAAGCAUCAGUGUAGACAGAAAGCAAGCUUUUUGUCCAAUUUUAUACUGUUGACCCAACAGCAUUAGGCUGUACUUCAAUUUAUAGCUUUUAUUUUGCCCAUGUAUGGGAAGAGAAUAAAAGCAAAGAACAAGUUGCUCAAGUAUGUAAUAAAAUGCAGUUGUACAUAGAUCUCUAAGGCAGUACUAGAGAAGCAGAGCUCUUAACCAAAUUAGGUUUUUAUUUCUGAGUCUCAAGCACCUUUUAUGCUUUACCUUGAAAAGUUUAUUAACCACUUGGAAGAUUCUUAAAACCUAUUUUAACUUCUCUCUUCUAUAAACUCUGGAGUGAUAAUUCCGUUUGUCACAAAACGCAUUCUUAGUCUGAAACUAUAAGCAAAGUUGGUUUGUAGUCUUGAUUUUUUUCUCGGUGUUGAAAUAUCUGGGCUUCAAACAGCAGUUAAAUGUGGAUUUUGUUUCCUUUUUUCAGUGUUUUAGGGCUUGGUUUUGUUUUUUUUCAAAUACCCUCUGUAACCAGUUUUUUUCAGAGUUUUGAAUCCUCAAGCAGAGGGUGGAUUCCUGUUUCCAGUGUGAUGUUAUUUAGGGAUAGGUUUGUGAAUGGAAAAAGGAAUGUCUUCAUAAUUCCACUGUACUUGCUUUAGCCUCAAGAAAUACUAGUUCUGCUGAACAACCAGCUCAUUGUUUCGAGAAGGUUCACUGCUACCAGGAUUUAUUUUUCUUUGAUGUUGUGUCUGGGGUGAACUACUUCAUUUGAAAGACACUGUAAUUUCUAAUUCCUGUAACAUCUUUCAGCUACCCUAAACAUGGAGAGAGGGGGCAUUUCUGCAGUCUUAGAUACUGAGUGACAUUAUAGUUGAAGUUAUAAUUCCUUUUCUUGUCAGUACACUUUACCUUUUCAUGCUCUGUGGCAUUUUUACCUUAGAUUUCUAAAUCUAGCAGGGAGGAGUCAGUAACCUUACUCCUGUACUAAGUAGAAAAAUCUACAUGUGAAAUCACAGCUCUCAUAAAUUGGGUUUACUGCUUGUCAUAUGCCCAGUUCAACAAAGACCCUUGGCACUACUGUCAUGAUCUUCAGACACAAAUAAAAUGACAGUUGCAAA